AUGGCUACCACGAUCAACUCAACGAUUAAGCUAGCCAGCGGCUACGAGAUGCCUCGUUUGGGCUUCGGAGUCUACCAAACACCCCCAGAGGAGACAGAGCGAUGCUGUCUCGAGGCGCUCAACGCCGGCUACCGCCAUAUUGACUCUGCAGCAUGUUACAGAAAUGAGGCUGGCUGUGGCAACGCGAUUCGAGCCUCAUCCAUACCCCGCGAUCAGAUUUUCUUCACUACCAAAGUCAUCAAUAUUAGCUACUAUGGGGCCAAGGCAACUGUUGAUCAAAGUCUUGCUCUGACGAAACUCGAGUACAUCGAUCUGAUGCUUCUUCACAUGCCCAUGGGCGGCUCUAAAAAUCGCAAGGGCGCAUGGAGAGCGCUGGUCGAGGCCGUCGAGGCCGGUAAGGUGCGGUCUAUCGGCGUCAGCAACUACGGCGUGCACCACCUGGACGAGCUUGAGCAACAUAUCAACGAGCUCGAACGCGAACGCGGAGGCCCGGGCAAGGGAGGCGUCGUCAGCGUCAACCAGGUCGAACUUCAUCCUUGGCUUGCUCGUCAAGAUAUCGUCGAUUGGUGCACACAGCGUGAUGUUGCUCUCCAAGCUUACGCGCCCAUUGUGCGCGGUGCCCGCUUUAAAGAGCCGUCGGUCAAGAAGUUGGCGGACAAGUAUAACAAGACCCCGGCUCAGGUGCUCAUCCGUUGGAGCUUGGAUAAGGGCUUUAGUCCGUUGCCGAAGAGUGUUACACCGUCGCGCAUUGUUGCUAAUGCCGACGUCUUGGAUUUCGAACUAACUCCUGAGGAGGUUCAAGAACUGGAGACAGACGAAUACAGCCCUGUUGCGUGGGACCCCACAAUUCGAAAGCUGUACGAGUAG